AUGAAGCUCACCCUACCAACAGCAAUCAUCAUCACAAUCAUCAACACACUGGUUCUCUAUUAUCUUCAUUCAUCCUUUAGCGCCCAAUAUUUAUCUAAAAUUUUGGAAUUAUCCAAGUCGUCACAAUGUUCACAUCCAUCCUCAACCACCAAUUCAAUGAUGAGACAAUUAAAAGACUCCUUGCAUCAGGAAGUAAAUUUUCAAAGCAUCAUCCGACCUCAUGUUGCAUCAAAAACCGUCUUCCCCUAUGCCUCCGAAUAUCCAAGAGCCAUACAUAAACACAAAGAAUAUGCAGAACAAUUAAAGAGAAGAGAAAAAUUAAGUUCGGAAGGAAUAUUCACCAUGUUGCCAACUUCUCAAAGUGUACACGAAGAUAUUGUUGAAUCAACUUCCAUCAGUCAUGAAAGUAUCAUGUCGUCGUCGUCUUUAUCUCUUCGUAUUCAAGAAUACAUGAUACAAAUGAAAAAGCAAUUUCCUCAACAAUUUCGACCCAAGACAGUUGCUUCUUUUUCUCCAUCAACAUCUCUUGAUAUCUCAAACUACAGUAGUAGCGAUCAUGUCUAUUUUGAACCCAUGUGGGACAUUUCAGUCACUUGUCCAAAAUUUGUGGAGACAUCUUUGACACGAUCAUUUCCACAUGAUCAUUCGAAGAAUCUAGGUGUAUACAUGACAUUGGUUGGAUUUGAUGGAAAAACAUUUGUGGUUGAUGACCAAGUUGGAGAACCAUUUGAUUUUAGAAAGAUCUUGUCAAAUUGGAGAGAACAUCUCAUACGAGAAAAUCCAUAUCCAAUGAUUAUCUUUCAUUAUGGAAAUAUUCCACAAACUCUUAAGGAGCAAAUUCGAAUGGAUUUUCACACCAUUACAAGCAAUUCACUCUUAUUCACCAUUCAAUUUCACUCCAUUCAUAAUGAUGGAUCAUUUAAUGUAAAAACAUGGGAGAAGGUUAAGAAUCGAUUUUACUUGCAUGAUCUAUACAAAAUGCCACUUUUGAGAGAAUACAAGUACUUGAUCAAAUUGGACCCACAACUUGUAUUUAUCAAGCCACUUCAAUAUGACCCAUUCAGAUUCAUGCAAGACAAUCAUUUAUUGGUUGGUUAUUCACAACUUGGACUUCCAGAUGCAGCUGGCAAGUCUUUCAGAAAGAACAUGCCAUACCAAACAUUAUACGAAUACAUUCGAUUGUACACUCUUCAACAAGGAGUUUUGCCAUUAGGUGAAAUGAGGGAAGAAGGAAAUUUUGGAACUCAUGACACCAUGCAUACGGGCCCGUUUGAAGUGGUGCACUUGUCAGUCUACAACAAUGCCUAUUACGAGCAUUAUUUAAAAUUUAUUGAUGCUUUUCGAGGAGUUGAAGAAGAGAGAUGGUCAGAACAAAAUGUGAGGACUCAGUGGAUCAAACUAUAUGUUUCAAGAAUGGCUACACAUUGGUUUUGUGAUUUAUUUACACAUUUCAAGAUUUAUUUUGUGCCGAGGUGUUUCGUUCGAUGCAUUUGA